GCAUCAAAUUUUCCAAAUGUUUAGUCCAGAUUAUAUGUGUUAAAUGAGCAGUCAAAAGUUAAAUAUUUACACAUCAAUACGCCAGUUAAUUUAAGAAAAUCUUUGGAAACUAAAACCCUUUUCAACGGAGCACCCGUAAGAGAUAAUCAAGAGAUCAGAACCUAACCGGCGACCAUGGCGUCAAUCUACACCACGUUUGUCAACCAACAACACGCCCUUAUCGUGCAUUCCCCUUUUGUGGCAAUAUCGCAAUGCUUAAACCAGGUGGAGGAGAUUAUCCAUCAAAAAUCCAAGGCGGGUCAACCAAUUGUCAAUGUGUGUUUCAUCGCAAAGGAAGAGCUACAAAUUGAUGAAAAUCUUAGACAAUAUUACUGGCAUGGAAAAAACCUUAUCAUCAUUUCAAAGACAGUCAAGGUGAUGAAAACCUGCGAAUGGAACGUUUCUGGCGUUCAUGGACCCCACGCCUCAAGCCAGCCCGCUGAAAAUGGGAAAGAAUGGGGUGAUCCUGGCCAAAACGGGGAAGAUGGAACGGAUGGAGAAAAUGGUGGAAGUGUAUACUUUCUUGUGGAAGACUUUCACAACCUCAGCCUUUUAAGGAUCAAGGCAAACGGUGGAAAUGGAGGAAGGGGUCAACCAGGCGGUAAUGGAUGUAACGGAAAACCAGGCACAGACGGGUUUGAACUGACUUUGAAGGAUUUGAAAGAAAAAUUUCCUUCAGAUAAGGAUUAUACGUUCUGGAAAGUACGAUCGGAAUUGGAAAUUGUUGAAAAGCAAAGUCCCUGGGUAACUUUUGUACCCUUGGGUACAAAAUUUAUUCAAGGAACAACAAAGCAGCGGCUUCAUAUGACAUUUGCUCAACACUUUGGCAUAUUUCGGACGCAUACUUAUUUUUUAGUCAAAGGGAGCCAAGGUACUCUCGGCGGAUGUGGAGGCCUUCCCGGGCGCGGAGGUGUUCCUGGUCGAUGCGGUUUAGCUGGGAAAGUUACCGAAAUCAAGCUCGGUGGCAUUGAAAAACUUCGAGUGCAAGAACUCCAGAGUAUUGUUGAGGCGAAAGAUGGAGUUAAUGGUCUGAGGGGGGACCUUGGCAGUGCGGGGAUUAGAGUUCGAGGAAAAGUUGGGCGGGAUGUGGGAUACGUUGCGUGGGCUGGUUUCCCUUACAAAACGGUAUACUACGGCCCGGGAUACUUGAAAUUGGAUACUUGCGAAGACCCGAACGAUCCAAUUAGUCCAGGGGUUUGGUGCUCCGAGACAUCAGAAUACGUCAGGAUUGUGGAAGUGCCUGCGAUUCCUGACUGCAACGACUAUUGUAACGUUUAUCGAGAUGACAAGCCUCCUUUUUUACAAAGCGUUCCUCCAAUUUUACCCCGGAAAGAGCAUUACAAACUGAGUACUGAAGAAAUUAUCAAGGCUUAUCUUCCACUAUUGUCGAAAGAAUCUGCAGCAUCUGAAAAAACUCAGAUUUUAAAAUUCAAUCCGUCAAUCAACGUCAAACCACUAUAUCCGAAAUUGCCUGAGAAAAAUUUGAACGAUAAGGGAGGAAUGAACAAUCCUGGUAGACCUCCAUUAGCAAAUUUUGACUGUAUCAACCCAAAGGCCUUACCAGUUCCCAAGGAUAUUUCAAAAAUUAAGCCAAUUCUUAAGUUGAAAUCUGACAAGUAUGAAACCCCUAUUGAUGUCUUAGCAGUCAACGUCGUAGCUGUGGUUGAUGAAUUAGUAAAACACAUACGUUGCUCUUUCCUUGCGGAUUUAAAACUCUUCAUAAUUACCCAUGGUUUCAGGAGCAAUGCAAAAAAAACUUGGGUAACCAGUAUGCAAAAUGAAAUUUUGAAGCAUCAUCCAACCUACAUUGUUAUUCUUUUGGACUGGUCCUCGGGCUCCGGCGGAUUUAGAUACGCCAAAGCAGCGGCUAAUUGCCUGGAAGUUGGGAAACAGCUUGGAAAACUGAUUGUUUACAUUCAGGAAGAAUUUUCGAAACAGAAAAUUGCAACCUAUGUUUGGGGCAUUGGCCAUAGUUUGGGCUCCCACCUGAUGGGUGCGGCUGGGAGAUACUGCCGCUCACAGAGCAGACUAAUCCACAGAAUUACCGGACUUGACCCGGCAGGAGUAGGAUUUGAAAAUUUCACGGAGAAAAUGCUUUGCUCGGAGGAUGCCAGUUUUGUUGACGUUAUCCACACAGACGGAUACCAUGAUAAAGAAAAGCCACCCCAAAAGAUUUCCAAUGCCACUUUGGCACAAUUUGAAGAUAAUGCUGUUGUGAAUUUAGGCCCUUACGGCACAAUGAAACCCUGUGGUCAUGCCGAUUUCUACCCAAAUUCUGGUUAUUGUCAACCUGGGCACGAUACAUGGAGAAAUUACAUCCUAGAUAUGGGAACCCAUAGCCACAGCAGGGCACAUGCUCUGUUCACAGCAACGAUAGCAAACAAGGGACUAUUUGCAACAAAUUUACGGUUCGAAGAAGCACCGGAAAUGAAAAAGUCACCCCCGAACGUUUUGAAGACAUCUGUUAAAGUCGAAAUGGGGUUUCACUGCGAACCUUCCACUAGAGGUUGGUUCUACCUUGAAACAACUGAAGACAAUGGUUUUAUCAACGAUCAGAUAAGGGAAAAUAAUUCCCAUGUGGACGGAAUUACCAGAGGCGACAUACGUGAUGUUCUUCGCAACAUGAUCAAAGCUCAGUACGUUCAACAUAUAGGAAAUGCCAGAUACGCGUUAAUAAUCAACAUUGUAAAGUAUACCAAUUGUGACCAUGCUGAACGCAACGGAGCUCAGAAUGAUUCGAAGGAUUUGAAGGAUCUCCUUGAGAGUCUAGAGUACAAAUAUGAGGUCACCGUCACAAUGCCAGAAUCCACAAAGAAGGACGUGUUCCAAACGUUGGAUAAGUUUCUUCGUGCAAUUAAGAACGAAAAGAGGUCAAUUGACGGAAUUUUCUUAGCGGUUAUGGGCCACGGUUCAAAUGACAAUAUUAUUGCCAGCGAUGGGAAAGAAAUUGAUAUUUUCACGGAAAUUAUUGAACGUUUUGGAAAUGGAAACUGUCAUAAUUUGAUGGGUGUUCCGCAAAUCUUUGUAAUUCAAACUUGCCGUGGGGAUCGGUUAGAUAUUUCGCCUAUGAGGCGUCAGAUGUUCAAAAGCGGGACCCUCGCAGAGGAAGACAAAAGUAUUCCGACCAAUACGGAAAAAGAACUCUGGAGCAAUUUACCGUUUGCAGAGAGUCAAACUCUUCCCGAAAUGUCUGAUAGUCUUAUAAUUUUUUCAUCUUAUCGCGACACCAAAUCCUUUCGCUACGAGGAUGGAGCCUGGUUCAUUCAGCUGUUUAUCAAAGCGGUAAAAAUUGCCGCCGCAAAUAAGAGGAUAGAAAUUUUGUCCCUUCUUAAUGGGAUUGUAGAGCAUUCCAAAAGUAAGCACCACAUGGUUGAGGAUUGCAGGGACGGAGUCUCUCAUACCGGCGAAAAUAUAAUAUUUCUUAAACAACUUCCCGUAAUUGAGAAUGUUGGGUUUACCAAGGAAUUUUUUUUUCAGCUUAAGAAAGCAAGAAAUUGAAACUUGUACCCUGUAACGAAACAUACAUAAAUUAAGAAUGAAUCAAAUCAUAGGCAUUUCUAAUGGGUUUAAAAUAUUAAUAACGCAAACUAAAUUCAGUGUGUAAAAUAGAUAUUCUAAAUUUGGAAUUAAAGCAAGAUUAAUACUAAUUCAAUUUUAA